GUUUUCCAAUGGCAGACAAAAAGUUCGUUGUAAUGAAAAUGACAGUUUAUUGUUGAUUCAUUGUACUAAUGAAUGACAAAAAUGUCCUCAAAACGAUAUGUCACUAAAACAAAACAUCAUUCUCUGGGCAGAAGCUGUAAAAUUGUAUGAAGAUGGUGAUUUAAUAGAAUGUUUGGAGCAAUUGAACAAAGUGAAUGUGUCUGCUAAAAUUCGUUACAAUCAGGGCAUAGUUAAUUCUAGAUUAGGUAACAGUGACAAGGCUAUUGAGUAUCUUAGUCAAGCUCUUCAGUUAGAUAGUUUUAUGUCUGUAGCCUAUUUUCAAAGAGGACUUUUAUUCUUUGACCUUCACAGAUAUAAUGAAGCUGAGAAAGAUUUAGAAGAUUCUCUGAUUAAUUUACGUGGUAGUAUGGUGAUAGACUAUAAACAACUUGGAUUAUAUACACAACUACAUCUAGCUCAGGUUCUAUAUAAUUUGGCUGUCAUCAAGAAGUUUAAAGGAGAUGUAAAUGGUUUUGAAUUAUACAGUACCAAAUUUUAUAAUAAUCCAUUUAAUACAGAGCUGUUUUCUUCUGUAAACACAAAAUUAUUUAAUACAGUAGUUAAUCUCAGACCACUUUAUAAUAUAUUCUGUCCACCAAAAGGUUAUGUGUCUAAUUUAUUGAAAAAAGAUUUUCUAGGCAAAUCAGAGGUUGUAUCAUCAGUAGAGGAUAAUGAUUUUGUGUUAAGGAGAGAACAGAAGUCCAGAUCUAAUCCAUCAACACCAGUGGUGGUCAGAAAAAAUCACCUUGAUGUCCAAACACAUAGAAUGGCAGUCACUCCACCACCUUUAAGACCACCCCCAAGAUUAAAAUCUGAUGCCAUUCCAAAUGACCAUGUCAGGGAGCCAGACAGCAAUGUUCAUCCAAAACCAUUCUCUCAGCUACAGAUACCACAAAGAACUGUUCCAAUACCAUUGUCUAAAGUCCAAGCUAUAUCCAAAGAACGGAAUAAUUCUAAAUCUGUGAUAAUAAAUGAUAACGGUUCUCAGGGCCAAUCUUCCAUUAAACAAUUCUCACCCAUAGAGAUACCACAAAAACAUAGUGUAUCAAGUACACCAGUCCCAGUAUCUACUGUGAUCACCAAGAAAGUGGUACCUGUUCGUCCACCACCCUUCAUAAAAGACUGUGAUAGAAAACUUAAACCAGAACGACCACCUCCUCCCAGAUUUAAAUGAAAAUUAUUCAGGAUACAUCUAUGUUAUUAUUUAGAUAACUAUCUAUUGAGCUUUUAUUUAUAUGGAUUUUAGAUGUGAUUUAAUAAACUACAAGAGCUAACCAAGUGAUGAAGAUUAGUGUUAUUCUGUUGUCUCUUCCAGAAUCUUAUGUUUAGUCCACAUCACUUCCAAAACGUUAUUGGGGUAAUCAUAGUUGCAUAUACACAGUAAAGAAGUGGAUGUGUUUAAUUUGUGUUUAUAUUGUUAAUAACAUAUUCUGGUUGUUAUUUUUGUUUACUGGAUAAUAUAUCUUAUCCUAAAAAAUUAAUUUUGGUUUUACCUUUGUCCCAUACAAUAUUUUACUCUUAUCUUAUUUGAAGUUUGUUGUAUUUUUAUGUUAUAAUAUGGUGCAUAUAUUUUGUUAAUUUAUAUUCAAAGUGUAAUUAUCCGUUUAUGUUUUAUUUGUUCUAAGGGAGGUAAUACUUUUAAUAAGAAU